AUGGAAUCCAUUGUCUGGAUCAAAGACGGAGAACCGCUUCUGCAAGGAAAAGAUAACAGAUACAGCGUCCACUCGUCCGUAACAUUGAAUGGUCAGAAUUCCGGGGUCGUCAGCAGCAGAUUGGAGGUCAAGGACACAAGAACGGACGAUUCUGGCCUUUACCUGUGCAGAUCCACAGAACGUAUUCAAAUGGCUGGGGUGAAGGUUGAAAUACAAGGUACUCACAAUUUUAAAAGAGCUGAUAUCAGAAAGUUGGGAGAUUCUCAUGAAUUUUCUGAACCUCCCAAUUCAGGAUCACAAAGAACAACUUUAUCAUGGACCCAUCCUUUCUGUGUACUUUUUGUUUUGUAUCACAUUGUCAGUGUAUGCUACCGCGUGUGA